CUGUGUGUCGCUCUUACUCUGAAACAUGCACAGGACGAUUUACAAAUAGUUGAUAGAUUCGACAGGUUGCCCGCGGAAGCUGACGCUCAAUUCCUUCAAGAUCUGGCAGAUACGCGAAAUUGGGGAUACUCUGUGCUGUUCGUGAACGAUACUGAUGAGAUAAGCGGUGGCCUGGUGACGGCCAUAGAGCAUUUGCCCUCGUUCACAGCAAUGCCUGUCUAUGGUUUGAAUUGCUUCUCGCUCUUGAAAUAUGAUACGAUAGUGUUCUCCAGAAGUGCUCUUGAUCUCUUGGAAGAGCGAUUGCUGAAACAACUUCAUCGUGCAGGCCCAAUGAACAAGAAGUACAGGUACAUGGACUACAAAGAGAGGAUAUUGAACGAAGGAGAGAAGGAAGAGGAUCCCAUUUAUCCUCCGAUAGUCUAG